AUGAGUAGCUGGCGCAAGAGUGCUGCACGAAAUGGUAGAUUCUUGUUGAAGGACGAGAUAUCGAAGGAUCCGAACACGCAUGGAUCAAUAUUCGUCCCAAUAAUCCUUGGGAGGGACAAGACCACCGUAUCUGUGGGCACGGGUAAUAACAAAUAUUACCCCUUGUAUGCCUCGAUUGGCAAUGUGCACAACAAUGUGCGACGCGCUCAUCGCGAUGCUCUCGUUAUCAUUGGUUUCCUCUCUAUACCAAAAACUACUAGGAAAUAUGCUCACGACGAUUCGUUUCGUCUAUUUCGCCGCCAGCUUUUUCACUGCUCGCUAUCCGCGAUUCUAUCCACCCUGAAGCCUGCGAUGACCGAGUACGAGGUCCUGCGUUGCGCAGACGGUCAUUUUCGACGCAUCAUAUUUGGCCUAGGACCUUACAUAGCUGACUAUGAGGAGCAACUGGUGCUAUCUUGCACUGUCAAAAACUGGUGCCCGAAAUGUCUUGCACAUCGUGGUGACCUGGAUGGCGGCGGUAAUCUCCCACGCACUCGAGAGCAUACAGAUCUCCUUGUAUCUGAACAUAUAGACUCAGAUACAUUGUGGCAUGAAUUUGGUAUCGUUAGCGUUCUCGUCCCAUUCACAAAUGAUUUCCCCCGAGCCGACAUUCAUAAAUUGAUAUCCUUCGAUCUCCUCCACCAGCUAGUCAAAGGCGCUUUCAAGGAUCAUCUUGUGGACUGGGUCUUAAAGUAUCUCAAACUCACGCAUGGGACCAAACGAGGAGAAGAGAUCAUGAGUGACAUAGAUCGCAGGUACGUGAACUCACUCAUCCAUUUGGCAUUUUCUAACAAUCAGUCAGAAUUGCUGCUGUGGCAUCAUUCACUGGGCUACGGCGAUUUCCCGACGGCCGUGGCUUCAAAACAGUGGACGGGUAACGAUUCCAAGGCCCUCAUGAAGGUUUUCCUUCCGGCUAUUGAAGGCCAUGUACCUCAAGACAUGGUGCGCGCAUUUCGCGCUCUUUUAGAGUUUUGUUAUAUUGCACGACGCGAUGUAAUUACCGAAGCCUCUCUGGUUCAACUCAAUGAUGCGCUCACUCGGUUCCACCACUACCGCAAGAUAUUCGAAACCACAGGCACAGUCCCUCACUUCUCAUUACCUCAUCAACACUCGAUGACUCACUAUGUGGACAUGAUCCGACUGUUUGGUGCCCCAAACGGAUUAUGUUCGUCGAUCACGGAAUCCAAGCACAUCAAGGCGGUCAAGGAACCUUGGCGGUGGUCUAACAAGCACAACGCCCUGGGUCAAAUGCUAUUGACCAAUCAACGGCUUGAUAAACUUGCAGCAUCUCGCCUGGACUUUGCUGCUCGUGGGAUGCUUGUCGGCUCUGUGUUAUCAAGAGCUGUGGCCGCUCUCACUGUCGGCCCUGAAGAUGAGCCAAAUGCCCCAGUGAUCGCACCAGAAGUCGAGGGUGAGGUUGACGAUGGUGAAGCUGUUGAUGGCCCAACUGUGCUCGCUUUUGUGCAGCUCGCGCGGACACCUCAACGAAAACGGGCACGGACUGUAAUGGAGCUAGCAGAUGAGGUCAAUGUACCUCACCUGCGACGCCUUAUCCGUUACUUUCCGUUCUCUCAACUCCACCCUAACGAUCCCCGCAGCCCCGAGGAUGUCCCCGCUGCUAGCUGUCCUCGGCAUGAUGGCAGGCUUUAUGUCUUUAAUUCUGCAGCUGCGACUUUCUAUGCCCCGAGCGAUCCCAGUGGCAUUGGCGGCAUGCGACGUGAACAGAUACGAGCUUGUCCACUCUGGCGGAAUGUCGCUGCCCGUAAUGAUUGUGUGUUUGUCAAUGCCAAUCCAGACCUUGAAGGGAUGAGAGGGCUCGAAGUCGCAAGAGUCAAAUGUUUCUUUUCUUUCAAGUUUAAUUGGGUCACAUAUCCAUGUGCCCUCGUUCAGUGGUUCGACAAGGUUGGCGACUGUGCGGACGAGGAUACCGGCAUGUGGAUAGUACGUCCAACUGUUCAUGACGAUGGCACCCCAAACUUCGCCGUCAUCCAUAUUGACACAAUUUACCCGCGCAGCCCACUUGAUCCCUGUCUAUGGUCCCGACUUCAUUGCUGA